UGUCUUGGAUCAUCUCUCUCUCUCUCUCGGAACAUCCGAUGCUUCUCCGAUCUCCAUCAUCGUCACACUUCACGGAGCCAAUUCCAGGGAGGAUCCACGUGUGAUGCGUUGCUGGGGAUUGAGGGGAUCUUAUCUCAGUUGAAUUUUGAGGGGCAAGCUCUCACGCUACCGGAUCGGCUCGUGCCUUCACUGAGAACCGAAGGAACAGCUCAUUAUCUUUCUGUGUGUUUGUCGUUUUCAAAGAGUAGAAAGUGAAUCUCUAUUGAGAUCCCGAUCUCUCCUUCAGCCAGCUCUGCAUGCUUCGUGUGUGUUUCGGUGUUUGAGCUAAGACGCUAUGGGGCAUCAGAAUCAUCAUCCUUCGGGAAGCAACUCGUUCCAUGGAGGAGAGUUCAAGAGUUGUCACUCCAAACCGUCCAAGGUUGCUGUGGCGUCCAUGAUCAAUUCCGAGAUUGGCGCAGUUUUGGCUGUGAUGAGGAGGAAUGUGCGGUGGGGUGUUCGCUACAUUGGAGAUGAUGAUCAGUUGGAGCAUUCUCUUAUCCAUUCUUUGAAAGAACUGCGUAAACAGAUAUUUAUGUGGCAUGCCAAUUGGCAAAACGUUGACCCAAAGCUCUACAUACAGCCGUUUCUGGACGUCAUACUAUCUGAUGAAACUGGGGCUCCCAUCACUGGCGUUGCUUUGUCCUCUGUCUACAAGAUCUUAACCCUUGACGUCUUUACACUUGAUACCGUGAAUGUGGGAGAGGCGAUGCAUAUCAUAGUUGAUGCUCUGAAAAGCUGUCGUUUCGAGGUAACUGAUCCUGCCUCCGAGGAAGUGGUUCUGAUGAAGAUACUUCAAGUUCUUCUUGCUUGUAUCAAGAGUAAGGCAGCUAAUGGGUUGAGUAAUCAAGAUAUUUUCACCAUCAUCAACAUUUGCUUGCGUGUUGUUCAUCAAUCAACCUCCAAAAGUGAAUUGUUGCAGCGUCUAGCGCGACACACUAUGCAUGAGUUGGUCAGGUGUAUCUUCUCUCAGCUUCCUUAUAUCAGCCCGCUAGCUAAUGAAACCGAAUUAAAUGUCGGUGACAAGGUGGGAACAGUGGACUGGGAUCAGAAAUCUAGAGAAAGCAAAGUUGUAAAUGGAAAUAUUGAUAGCGUAUCUGUUACUCUCGGCACUGACAAAGAUCCUCGAAGUUCUGAGAUGGUUGCUCCAGAAACAGAGCUUAAUAAUGAUGAAAAGGGAACUGAGGUCAGUGAUGACUUGAAUGUUGCUGCGAAUGGUGAAAGUGCAAUGUUGGCACCUUUUGGUAUUCCAUGCAUGGUAGAGAUUUUUCAUUUCUUGUGUACUCUGUUGAAUGUUGGAGAAAGCGGUGAAGUCAAUUCUAGGUCCAACCCUAUCGCAUUUGAUGAAGACGUUCCUCUUUUCGCUCUGGGUUUAGUUAAUUCCGCUAUAGAACUUGGAGGCUCUUCUUUCCGUGAGCACCCAAAGUUGCUGAGUUUAAUUCAGGAUGAGUUAUUCUGUAACUUGAUGCAGUUUGGUAUGUCAAUGAGCCCUCUGGUUCUUUCUACAGUUUGCAGCAUCGUCCUUAAUCUCUACCUGAGUUUCCGUACUGAGCUUAAGGUGCAGCUUGAAGCUUUCUUCUCAUGUGUACUUCUGAGAAUUGCACAGAGCAAACAUGGCUCUUCUUACCAGCAACAGGAGGUUGCUAUGGAAGCUCUAGUUGAUUUUUGCAGACAACAUAAUUUCAUGGCUGAAGUGUUUGCGAAUUUUGAUUGUGAUAUAACCUGCAGUAAUGUGUUCGAAGAUGUUUCAAACUUGCUAUCAAAGAGUGCAUUCCCAGUGAAUGGGCCUUUAUCAGCUAUGCAUAUACUUGCGUUGGAUGGGUUAAUUUCCAUGGUUCAGGGAAUGGCUGAAAGGGUUGGUGAGGAAUUGCCGGCGUCAGAUGUUCCUACACACGAAGAAGGAUAUGAAGCAUUUUGGACAGUGAGAUGUGAGAACUACGGAGAUCCUAACUUAUGGGUUCCCUUUGUCCGUAAGUCAAAGCACAUCAAGAAAAGGCUGAUGGUUGGGGCUGAUCAUUUUAACAAUGAUCCUAAAAAGGGUCUGCAACAACUCCAAGCGUUGCACUUGCUGCCGGAGGAACUUGAUCCAAAGAGUGUUGCGUGCUUCUUCAGGUAUACAUGUGGGUUAGAUAAGAAUCUUAUAGGAGAUUUCCUGGGAAAUCAUGACCAGUUCUGUGUUCAGGUGCUUCAUGAGUUUGCCAAGACGUUUGACUUCCAGAACAUGAAUCUUGAUAAUGCUCUGCGUCUCUUUGUGGGUACAUUUAGAUUGCCUGGCGAGUCGCAGAAGAUACAGAGGGUGCUUGAGGCGUUUUCUGAGAGAUACUAUGAGCAGUCGCCACAGAUACUGAUUGAUAAAGAUGCUGCCCUCUUGUUAUCUUACUCGAUAAUCUUGCUGAACACAGAUCACCACAACACGCAAGUUAAGAAAAAGAUGACUGAAGAAGAUUUCAUCCGUAACAACAGGUGCAUAAACGGAGGCGCAGAUCUUCCUAGGGAGUACUUAUCUGAGCUGUAUCAUUCAAUCUGCGACAGUGAGAUUCAGAUGAUCCCAGAUCAGGGAACCGGUUUCCAAAUGAUGACAUCGAGUCGGUGGAUUAGUGUGAUUUACAAGUCCAAAGAAACCAGCCCCUAUAUCAUAUGUGACAGCACAUCGCAUCUGGGCCGUGACAUGUUUCAUAUCGUGUAUGGUCCAACUAUUGCAGCUACAUCAGUGGUUUUUGAGCAAGCAGAGCAAGAAGAUGUUUUACAGAGAUGUGUUGAUGGGUUUUUCGCCAUUGCAAAACUUUCAGCGUACUAUCAUUUGAAUAGGGUAUUGGAUGAUCUGGUUGUGUCUCUCUGCAUAUUCACGCCAUUCUUCGCUUCAUUAUCUGUUGAUGAAGCUGUUCUUGCUCUAGGAGAAGAUGCCAGAGCUAGAAUGGCUACCGAAGCUCUUUUCUUGAUUGCAAACAAAUACGGUGACUAUAUCAGCUCGGGCUGGAAAAGCAUCGUGGAAUGUGUCUUGAGCCUCCACAAACUCCAGAUCUUACCAGCUCAUAUAGCUAGUGAUGCAGCGGAUGACCCGGAGCCAUCAACUAGUAACAUAGAGCAAGAAAGACCUUUAGCAAAUCCCGUGUCAGUAGUAUCACAGGCACAACCCUCAGCGGCGCCUAGAAAAUCCUCUAGCUUUAUUGGUCGGUUUAGCCAGCUUUUGUCUUUUGACAUGGAAGAGAUAGAGCCAUUGCCAACUGAGGAAGAACUGGCAGCUUAUAAACUCGCUCGUGGGAUAGUGAAAGAUUGUCACAUUGAUAGCAUAUUCUCUGACAGCAAGUUUCUCCAAGCUGAGUCUCUGCAGCAGCUUGUUAGCUCUCUCAUAAAAGCAGCCGCGAAAGAUGAAGCUAGUGCGGUCUUUUGCCUUGAGCUUCUGAUUGCAGUAACUCUGAACAACCGAGACAGAAUCCUACUGAUCUGGCAAACUGUUUACGAGCACAUCUCGGGUAUUGUUCAGUCAACGACAACACCUUGCCCGCUUGUUGAAAAGGCUGUUUUCGGUGUCUUGAAGAUUUGUCAGAGAUUAUUGCCUUACAAGGAGAACCUAACAGACGAACUUCUGAAGUCACUCCAACUUGUUCUCAAGCUUGAUGCAAGAGUGGCUGAUGCGUACUGCGAACCCAUUACUCAAGAAGUUGCCCGUCUUGUAAAAGCGAAUGCAUCUCAUGUCAGAUCUCAUGUUGGUUGGCGAACAAUCAUAUCUCUGUUAUCAAUCACAGCUCGGCAUCCAGAAGCUUCUGAUGCUGGAUUUGAAGCUCUCCGGUUUAUAAUGUCAGAAGGAGCUCACUUGCUACCAUCAAACUACAUUCUCUGUUUAGAUGCAGCUAGACAGUUUGCUGAAUCCCGAGUCGGCGAAAUCGAUAGGUCUAUAUCAGCCAUCGACUUAAUGUCAAACUCUGUGUUCUGUCUUGCAAGGUGGUCUCAAGAGGCGAAAAAGUCGGUGGGAGAAGAUGAAGCUAUGAUGAAACUAAGCCAAGAUAUUGGAGAAAUGUGGCUCAGGCUUGUGAACAACCUCAAAAGAGUUUGUCUUGAUCAGCGCGACCAAGUGAGAAACCACGCCAUCUUAAUGCUGCAGAGAUCUGUAGCCGGUGCAGACGGGAUAAUGUUACCGCAACCUCUAUGGUUCCAGUGCUUCGACUCCGCAAUCUUCCCAUUGCUAGACGAAUUGCUCGCGGUUUCAGUCGAAAAUUCAAGAAAGACAUUCAAGAAAACGGUUGAAGAAACGCUUGUGCUCGCCACAAAGCUCAUGUCAAAGGCUUUUCUUCAGUCUCUCCAAGACAUCUCGCAGCAACCAUCGUUCUGCAGACUCUGGCUUGGUGUAUUGGACCGUAUGGGGACUUACAUGUCGACCAAGUUCAGAGGAAAACGCAGCGAGAAAGUCCAUGAACUCAUACCGGAACUGCUGAAGAACACGUUGCUGGUGAUGAAGACAACGGGUGUUCUAUUACCAGGUGAUGAUAUCGGUAGUGAUAGUUUCUGGCAACUUACUUGGCUUCAUGUUAAGAAGAUAUCUCCGUCUCUGCAAUCUGAAGUGUUCCCUCAAGAAGAGCUCGAUCAGUUUCAGAGACGAAACGCAAAGCCUGAAGAUACUCCACCUGAGAUGGGGGUGGAAUAGAAAGAACUUGUGUUCCAUACAGAAGAGAAAAGCAUAUUAAAGAAGUUUUUUAGACACUAUAUCCAAGUUUUUGUUUUUGCAGUAUAGCUUUUUGCUUGAUAAUAGGGGAUUAUUAUUAUAAUACUUUGGAGUUUUGAGCUUUGGACUUCUAUGGAAUGCACGUUGAAAUUAUGGAUUUGAUUGGAAAUAUAUUUUGGAGCAA